AUGAAUUUCGUGUUUCUUUCCAAUCACUCGAGUAAUCCACUUCAGGUACCAUCAGACGACCCAAUAAACGCGUCUUUCGUUGAGCGCAUACGACCUGCAGUUGAAGCGGAGAAAUUACGUGCUGUCCAGGGGUUGCCGCCCAUCACGAGCUCUGACCCAACAAAAACUCUGACAGAAGAGAGAUGCAUUUCAGAUGACAAUCUGUUUGCCCCCCACGAGGGAAUGCGUGCGGACCCUUGUGAUCAUGGUCUUGUUCUCGCUAAUGAGAUCGAAGAAGACGUGGAUGACGUGCAGAUACAGAUACCUUCCGAUGGAGAGGAGGGGGAGCCGGUUAUCCUUCCGCGACAGGCUGUUUUGGCCGAUUCGGAUUCUGACGAGGACCCUUUGCUUCAUAGACACCCUAAGGAUCGGAAACUCGGCGAAUACGUUCUGAUAGAUCGGCUUGGUGAAGGUUGGCACGUCAUCUGUUUAGAUUGGAAGUGCGUUAUGGGUUCACAAUUUAGCUCUACGACAGGCACAUUCUCUUCUGUAUACAAAGCUAUCGAUCUUAAUCAUGCCCGGUAUGCCGAAGUGCCUUGGCUACGUGAUCUACAACCCCUAUUGCCUCCGAGGUCCAAGCGUUAUGUUGCUAUGAAACGUAUCUAUGUUACUUCGAGUCCUGCUCGCAUUGCGAACGAACUAUCAAUUCUGGAGGAUUGCAGGGGUUGCCGGAACGUUUCUCAACUGAUAACUGCCUUUCGAGCUAGGGACCAAGUGGUGGUCAUCAUGCCAUAUGUUAAGAAUGUUGAUUUCCGAGAUUUUUACACCAGGAUAACAAUACCUGGAAUACAAUCAUAUUUCCGUUGUCUUUUCCGAGCGUUGCGUGACAUUCAUGCGAGAGGAAUUGUUCAUCGGGACGUGAAACCCGCGAACUUCCUCUUUGAUCCUGACACAGGGCACGGGACACUCUGCGAUUUCGGACUGGCACAGCGCCUCGAAUCCGAAGUAUCAUCGUCUUGCCUUCAUACAUCUCCAAAGCCUUCGGACCCGCAUGGAACCCAUAAGCACCUCAGAAGCAUUCAGGUUGAUCGUAUUAAGGCUAAGGCAAUGGAAGCACGGAAACGUUCACAACACCCCAGCGAACGUGUUGGAAUACCAAUGGACGACACAAGGCCAAGUGUCAAGGCUAAUCGUGCAGGUACCAGGGGGUUUCGUGCACCAGAAGUUCUUCUCAAAUGCCCGGAUCAGUCACCAGCUUUGGAUAUUUGGUCUGCUGGAACAAUUCUUCUCUCAAUCUUGGCCUGCAAGUUUCCAGUGUUCCAAGCCAGCGAUGACAUCGAAGCACUCAUGGAAUUAGCUGCAAUUUUUGGGCGUAAAACGAUGGAGAAAUGCGCACGAUUGCACAACCACGCAGGGGUGUCUUGGGAAGAUUUGGUCACGAAGAUCAACCCAUAUUUGUUGCAAACUCCAUCCUCUCAGACCGUCCCCGAGACUGUCGCGAAGCACAAUCAUUUCAUGAAGCAGGCUAUCGACCUGCUGUCAAAGUGCUUACAUUGGGACGCAACGGCGCGUACAACUGCUCGAGAGGCUUUAUAUGAGCCGUUCUUACACUCUAAUAGCAAGGAUGACCUUGAUGAUGAUCAGCAAUUCCCACAUCCCCCUGGCGAAGGCACAUGCAGCCGCCUUCAUUACCUUGACGAGCAUAAUCAACAUGUUGUAAUGAUCCCUGUGGAUGAUACGAAAUAUAUAACGAAGGUCCUCCGGUCGGGAGAGGGUAUCGCCAUUGGGGAAACAAAGUGUGAGUUCCAUCGGGACCCACAUGCGGUGGCGUUUGGAGAGGAUGCGUAG